CGGCGGCUGCGGCGGCGGCGGUGGCGCGGGAGGCAGUCAUGGCCUGGGGGCUGCGUGCAAUAACCACCUGCCAUCGGGACUGAGACCCUGCUCAGCGCGGCGACGAGCACCUGGCCCCUCGUGCCCUCAGCCGCCUGGAAGAUGUGCCCUGGGAACUGGCUCUGGGCCUCCAUGACCUUCAUGGCCCGCUUCUCCCGGGGGAGCACCAGGUCUCCCGUCCGCCCCCGAGGCAGCCUGGAAGAGAUGCCGGCCAUUCAGCAUCCCUUCCUGAAUGUCUUUGAGCUGGAGCGGCUCCUCUACACCGGCAAGACAGCCUGCAACCAUGCUGAUGAGGUCUGGCCAGGCCUCUACCUUGGAGACCAGGACAUGGCUAACAACCGCCGAGAGCUCCGCCGCCUGGGCAUCACACACAUCCUCAAUGCGUCACACAGCAGGUGGCGAGGCACCCCCGAGGCCUAUGAAGGGCUGGGCAUCCGCUACCUGGGCGUAGAGGCCCACGACUCGCCAGCCUUUGACAUGAGUGUGCACUUCAAGACAGCCGCCGACUUCAUCCACCGGGCCCUGAGCCAGCCAGGAGGGAGGAUCCUGGUGCACUGCGCCGUGGGAGUGAGCCGCUCUGCCACGCUGGUGCUGGCCUACCUCAUGCUGUACCACCACCUCACCCUCGUGGAAGCCAUCAAGAAGGUCAAGGACCACCGUGGUAUCACCCCCAACCGUGGCUUCCUGAGGCAGCUCCUGGCCCUGGACCGCAGGCUGCGGCAAGGGCUGGAGGCGUGAGGGGCGGCGGGCAGGGGAAACCCAGGCCAGGUCCGCAGGUGGUAGGAGAGCCAGGGCACGCAUCCCCUCCAGGAGGCAAGAGAGAGGCCUAGGCCACCACUGCCCUUUUGUGGGAGGGGCUGGGAGUACAGUGGGCACCAGAUGGGGCCUGCCUGGGGCGGGAGACAGCCAGGCUGCUGGGGUUCCUGCCUGCUGGCUCGAAGGCAUUCCUUCCCCUCUCUCAUUUCCUCUCUCUGACCAGAAGGCAGCGAGCGCCUCCGUCCAGUGCGAGCGGG